AUCAAUUUCUAUAUCCUGACCUGACCACUAAUACAAACCAAACAAUCCUCUGCAGAUUCCUCCCAAAAACACAACAAUGGAAUAUAAGCAUUUCAUUAAAACCAGUUAAAUACCAACUAAGUAAAAUGUUUACACGUAGACUCCUAAAUACUAUAAAAACAAUUUGUAGGGCCCAUAGGCGCAUUCAACUUAGGCUACGUGUAGUUUCACCGGUAACAUUACCCUUUCUUACGCAAGUCUCCUGUGAAACAAACCAAAAAGAUGAGCAACAAGACAUUUGGGAUGAAGAGAAAUUGGGUCAUGAAUUUCUCAUUCGCCAGGCAACUACCGUCAAUGUGAAUGCUGCCACCCAACUGCUCACUGUAACUAUGGUCGCUAUACAGGACACGAGUGAGAGAUUAAGGGAAGCACUGUCCAAAGAGAUCUGCUUAGUAAAGCAAGCAAUAGAGUGGGGAGAAGAUGGCACUCCUCCUCAACACUGGGAUCAGCUGGUUGCAGUGCGAGGGACUCUUUGUGACUUAAAACAUAAUCUGAGGGUGCUUAUAAGUUAUAUGGACUAUGCAGAAAAACUAGCAACAGUUGCUGCAGAAAUAUCUUACUUAUCUGGUAACAUUGCAGCAUCAGAUGCCAUUUGUGAGAGAAUAGAUCAUGCAUGCAGGAGCUGCAGCGCUGAAGCAGCAGACGCAGGAACUGCAGCAGGAGUCGCUGGAGGUGCAGCAGCAGGCCAUCGCCGCCGCCCCGCAGCUACAACAGAAACUGGUUGAACAACCCACACAAGCUGUUAAAAAGUGAUACUUAAACACUUUCCCCUUAUUCAUAUCAUAAAUGUUCACUAAAGCUAUCAAGCCGAUAAAGUUCGUUUGUCCCUGUCCGACGUAUUGACGUGAUAAAAAGGGACAAACGAACUUUAUUGGCUUGAUAACUUUAGUGAACGUUUAUGAAUCAGGGGGUUUAUGUUUUCAAUCUUGAUAAACACAAAUUACAGAAGUUAUCAUUACUUUUAGCUACAUACGAGGGGCGUUCAAUAAGUAAUGAUAAUGAGUAUUAAAACAUAAGAAUGUAAGUAUCCUUAUAUUUUUAUAAUUAAAAGUAACUCUUUUGUGAUUUAUUUACAUAUUUAAUUUUUUCAAUUAUAAUUUUUUU